AUGCCGCCCCCGCCCCCGCCGUCGAAUGCCGCGACAACUUCCGUUCAAGUUGCUCUGCGCAUUCGACCCACCAACAACCAGGACACUAACUCAAUACCAGCUCGUUUUCAACGGUCAGUCAUUACUGCAGCAACACCCACCAGUGUCUCCGUCGAUUCCACUACCCCUGCUGGUUCGAACGCGGCGGGAGCAACCGCCGUCUCUGCUAAUGCAGGGAAGAAGCAGCUCUUCACUUUCGACCAGGUGCAUCCCCCCACCGCUACACAGCAUGCUCUCUUCACAUCCACAGCACAACCCCUCAUCUCUCGUUUCGCGGAGGGCUUCAACUGCACCAUCCUCGCGUACGGCCAGACCAGCAGCGGUAAAACGUUUACUAUGACUGGUAUUGACCUCGACGCGGAUCCUUCGAAUCCUUCGAAUGGCAUGGGCAUCAUUCCGAGAGCUGUCUCUACCGUCUUCUCGCGCUGUAGAGAGAUGAAGGAUGAACGAGGGAACGCGUGGCAGUACAAUGUCAAGGGUUCCUUCAUCGAGAUUUACAACGAAGAUCUCAUUGAUUUGCUUAGUAUGGAUGAGACGGGAGGCAGACGUGAGGUGCAGAUACGGGAAGACAAACAGGGGCAUAUCAUUUGGGAAGGCUUGCGCGAAGUAGCCGUGAAGAAUUCCAACGAGGUCAUGAACCUCCUUCGCCAAGGCACUGCCAUUCGAAGAACGAACGAAACGGACAUGAACGCCCAAUCAUCUCGUUCGCAUGCCAUCUUCAGCCUAACACUUACGCAGAAGAAGUACACUGGAUCCGGACUUCCAGCUCGUUCCUCAUCUCCACUACCACCGGGUGGCCGUCCACCAUCUCGUAUUGCUCGGCCUGGCUCAGCAUUCGUCGGUGGUUCCAGAGUAUCCUCACCUACUUUUGGUAGACCGGGCACUCCCAGUUUCCAAACGGCGAUGUCUCGCGGAGGCAGACCCCCCAGCUCCAUCGGUCUGCUGUCACCCGACAUAGGACGAAAUCGCAACCACGCAGAUGGAGACGACGAACAAGGGGAAUGGGUCACAGUCGUCUCGAAGUUCCACUUCGUAGAUUUGGCGGGCUCUGAACGGCUGAAGCGAACUGCUGCUGCUGGAGAACGAAUCAAGGAAGGUAUCUCGAUCAAUAGUGGUCUGCUUGCACUAGGCAACGUGAUCUCUGCUCUGGGCGACCCAUCACGAGCGAAAUCACAUACCGCCUCCUACAUUCCUUACCGUGACUCGAAACUCACUCGUCUACUGCAAGACUCUUUGGGCGGAAAUGCGCAUACGUUGAUGAUCGCCUGUGUUAGCCCUUCAGAGUGGAAUCUCGGCGAGACCAUCAACACGCUGAAAUACGCAAACAGGGCGCGGAACAUUAAGAACCGAGCGGUAGUCAAUGAGAAGGAGGAUGGGUGGGACGAUGUCGAGUGGUUGCAGGGCAUGGUGACACGGCUGCGGAAGGAGACGAAGGCUUUGCGAGACGGCGCACCGGGGACAAUCGGCGUGGGCCCCGGAGCUCCCGCAGGAACGGAGGGAUCAGGCAAGAAGGUCCUUCUUGCACAGAUGUCGGAGCUGCAGAAUAACUACGAAGACCUUCGGGAGAAAUUUGUCGAGCGGACAGAGGAGCUCACUAGGCUUCGUCGGGAGCUUGCGGAGAAGCAGCGCAGCUCGAAGGGUGGUCAUAUUGGUGGGACGGCCAAAUAUGAAGAGAUCGUCGGACCCGUCAUCGAAGAAUACGAGAAGACGAUCGGUGCUAUGGAAGCGGAGCUUAGCCUGAACAGGGCAGCCUUGAGACACACGAACGAGCUGUAUGAGGAGCAGGAGGCCGAGUAUACGGAACUUUCUUCAAGACAUGCUACCACAGAGGCGUAUCUCGAAGAACUGAAGUCGCGAGUUGCCAAGCUUCUUGAAAGGGAGGCGUCGAACGAGGCGUACAUUCGCGAUUUGGAGGACAAAGUCAAGCAAUACGAUGAGUCCUCUCUCACCUCGAGUGGCUCUAUCACGGACUUGAAACGUGAGAUCACACGAUACAAGGACACCGAGUCGUACUCUUCACAGUACAUCACCGAUCUGGAAGCACGCCUUGCUCGAUCUGACGAAUCUGUGCUUGCUUUGCGCGAGACGGUCGAGAAACUUGAGAGCGAAUGCGAACGGCGGAGGCAGGAAGCUGAGGUCCUGCAAUCUCGCCUCGAAAGUCUUAAACAAGACGGACAGAGCUGGAGAACUGACCUUGAGGAGAGGGAGAGAAAGGUGCACGCGCUUGAGUUGAAGAUGGAGGAGUGGCUAGCCAAGAAGAAAGAGGCCGGAGAAGGACGCGAAAGGCUGGCUGAUCUGGCUGACGAGGUCGCCAAGGCUCGCAAGGAUUUAGAAGGGGCGUCACCUACUAAAACCGUUUCGUCCGCUGCGGGAUCAUUCGUUGAGCUAGACGGGUCUAUCGAAAGCCAGCUAGUUGCGCUCCAACAGACGCAUACAGCAACUCUUGCGGACCUUUCUUCCGUCUCCGAGAAAUAUCGUGACGCCCUCCGCGAGAUUGCUGAUCUGGCUGCUCAGCUCCAGGAAGCCAAAGUCAAUGCUCUCCUUCCACCUUCAGAGACCCCUGAGCGAACGGUAGAGUUCUCUCCGAGACGGAGGAUGACCCGAGGGAUGUCACGAGACGGUGUUGAGACACCAGUUAACGGAGCUGGCAAACGCCUUUUCUUCAGGCAGGCGGCAUCGGUGGAGUCUCUACAUUCUGGGUCGCUUUCACAGUCAUUGUCGCUAUCGCAGGAGCUAUCAUCGGCCAGGUCGCGCAAAGCUUCUAUUUCAAGUCACGGCACCAGUAGCUCUAUUUCUCUGAGCCCUCCAUUAGGACAUGCUCGACCCAACCUCUCCGUCUCUCUACCUUCUGUCAAUGUGAAUGCCAACGAGCGAUCAGUUGCUAGCCUAGAGAAGGAAAUCAUGAGAUUGCAGGAGGUCCUGAAGGAACGUGAGGCAGAGAUAACGGUAUUGGAAGAGUCGCUGAAGAGCAAGGAUCGCGAGGAGGUGCCCUCCACGCAUUCCACUGAGCCAUCAGGGAUCCGGUCAGUAAAUGGCAACGGCGACACAAGUCCUACCCUGCAUCUUUCUCCGAAGACAAUAGGCCAGUUCCAGGAGAUCCGUCGGAGCCUGGAUUUCCAGGCAGCGAAUGGCAACGUGCAAGACCCAGAUGAAUCACUCGUGAGGCUCAAUGAACUCAUGCGGUCUAUGGCCCAGAAGGAGUCCAGUCAUCGUGAGACUGUAGACAGCCUCAAUUCUGAACUCGUCCAGGUGCGGAGGCAGUUCGAGGAGCUUACCGUGUUGUCGCGCGACCAGGCUUUGAAUAUGUCCACGGAGCUGGAAGCACUGAAGAACAAGCGUGACGAAGACCUGGCGAAGCACGGUGAGGAUUUGCAGAGGCUCGAGGAACUGGAGCACCGCGAAGUGGAGCUCGUGGAGUCCCUGGCACAGGCUCGACUUCACGAAGAUGAUAUUUCAUACGAGCUGGAGCAAGUGCAGCAGCGCGAGGCUGAGCUUCUCGAGUCCCUAAAUCGGGUUGAAACGGAGCAUGCCACCGAGGUAGAGCGAUUGAAGUCAGAGCACGAGGAGGCGCUGCUGGCGAAAGCUACCGAAGUGGAUGGGAUACUCACUCAAAUGAAGGAGGUGCAUGAGGGCGCAUUGAACGACUUGCGCGAUCAACUUGUCGAGGCUUUAUCUGCACUCGAGAAAGCGCGACAGGAUCACGAGGCUGCCUUCGGCAAGCUGGAGGCUGAUCACGAAGAAACGCUACGUCGCCGCGGCGAGGCAGUUGACGAGAUGCUUGAGAACACUCGCCAGGAGCAUGAAGCUUCCUUGUCGAAAACCAACGCAGAGCAUGAAGAAGCCAUCAAGAAGAAGGAAGAGGAGGCAGCCGCUACCCUCCUUCAGACCGAGGAAGAGUACUACAAUGCUCUCACCAAGUUGCGAACAGAUCAUGCGCAGGCACUCGAGAAGCAGACAGCAGAGGCGGCCACUGCCAUGGAACGUCUCCGGGAUGAACACGCUCGCGACAUGAGGAUGGCGGAGAUUGCGCGAGAGGGUUCGCUCACGGAAUCGCAAUCUGCUCGCGAUGUAGUGAUGAAGGGGCUGCAGGACGAGCAUGCAUCCGCUAUGGCGAACAAGGAGAAGCUGUUUGCGGUCGAUAUGCAAAAGCUGAAGGAUGAACAUGUCGCCGCCCUUUCUGCGAAACUCGAGCAACAUCGCUCAGCGGUGGAGAGAUUGAAGGCCGACCAUGCUGCCAAUUUCAACGAAAGGGAGGCUGCGUAUGCGGACGAACUGGAGAAGCUUCAAGCGGGGCACGCACGUGCUCUGACGACCAAAGACAACGAACAUCGGGCGGCGUUAGACAGGAAUGCUACAGAGCACUCCGCCGCAUUGUCGAAGCUCCGGGAAGAGUUCACUCAUGAUAUCGCUAGGUUGACGGCCGAACUGGAGAGCAGCCGGGCUGAGCUUACCUCGUCAAAUUCAGACCUUCGCGAGAAGAUGGAGGCAGACGUGCAGGCUAUUAAAGAGCAGCAGGCAACUAUACUGCAGGAGAUCGAGCAGAGCCAGCAGGACGAAGUCUUGCGCUUACGGGAAGCACACAAGGCUGCUAUCGCAUCUCUGGAGAGCAGCGCGCAAGAACAGCUCGCAGCACUUUCUACCUCUCAUACCAACGACGUGAAAGAGCUAAACGCCCAGCACCGGCGUGCUCUAGCUGAAGUACAGGCAAGUCUGAGUGCAGCUCAGAAGCAGCAUAGUCAAGAGCUCGCAGAUGCUGUCGCCGCCGCCGAAAUGAAGGUCGAGGAUCGUCUCGCGGCGAUUGCGGUGUCUCAUACUGAGGAGCUAGCUAAACUCCGAACCGAGCACCUUGCAGCCCUUACCCAGGUGGAAUCCAGUCUUAUUGCUGCCCAAGAGCAACAUCGCGAAGACCUAGAAAAUUCUAGAGAACAAACCGAAUACCGACUUGCCAAGGAAAGGGAACGGCUUACGGCAUCUAUUACUGAGAUGCAGAGCGUGCAUGCUGCAGAGCGCGAAACCCUGCAAAAAGAUCAUGAUCUCUUAGUCCGUGAAUUACGAACGAAGAGUUCAGAAGAGCUUGGGGCUCUAGCAAAAGAGCAUGCCUUACUGUUGGAGGAGCUUGAGUCUCAUAAGGCCGCGUCGAACGAGUACGUCGCUCUUCGGGAGGAAAUGCGGCAGUCCCAUGAGAAGGCACUCCAGGAGAAGACUGAAACAAUCGGAUUGCUCCAGUUGCAGGUCAGCGGCGCGCACGAGGAGAGAGGCGAGCUCGCUGCUGAAGUAGAGCGGCUCCGUUCUGAACUUCGGGAUACACGGCAGAAGACGACCGAGCUAGUCAAACAGGCGUCAAAGCGCGAUUCGCUCGUCGAAGAGCUCGAAAGGCAUCGAUCAGCGCUCGCCGAGGUGCAGGAGGAUCUACAGCGGACGAAGGACGAAAUGGACAGCCUACAAGCAGAGAAGAAUCGGCAAGACUCACUUCUCCGCGAUUUGCAGUCCCAAAUUGUGCGAAGUCCAUCCCCUGGAGACCCCCUUUCACGGGCAGUUGCAGAGCGUGGUCUCCCAAUCACGCGCAUCAAUGGCAUGUCACCCACGAAGCUCCCACCUCUGACCCCACCACCGAGUGGACCGAUCCCUCCGGCACCGCGUUCGAUGCACGAACCUACGUUAAGCUCUGCAUCGUCUGUCGCGAUGACCAACACGACAUCUAUGGGUACUGACACUCCUACUGAGUCGCCAUCAACGCCCGCAACGUCUAUUGCACACUUACCCACUCCGAGCGUUGUGGUCGAUCCAAAGUUGAUGGCACAGCUGCUGCAGCAUACCAAGCAGAUCGAGGAACAGGACGCGAUGAUCAAGACACUGAACAAGCAGUUGACACACUGUGAGGGUGACCUGCAGGCGCACAUGGACCUCGUCGCAACACUCGAGUCGUCGCUAGGAGACUCUGAGAAGAAUCUGCGCAAGGCCCGUAUGCAAGCGACGGAGCUCGCGCGAGAACGAGACAACGUCAGUUCGCAGGUGACGAGCCUCCGGGCAGAGCUGCACGAGGCGAAGAGCGAGGUCGUGAAUGUGCGACGGUCAAUUGUCGAGGAGAAGCAGUCACUGGAGCACCGACUGGACGAGGAGCGGCGUCAGAAGGAGCGAGCGCGGGCGCAGCUCGACAGCCGGAUGGACGAGCUGCAGCGGAGAAAAUCCAAGUUUGCCUGUCUAUGA